UGCAGUUAUUAGAAAUUGACUUGACUUUUGUGCUUUCGAUCGUUGAACAAGAUGGAUGCGUUCUCGUCGUUCUUCGGGGCUCAAUCGGCGUCUCGCAACAAUUGGAGUUAUGAUUCGCUCAAGAACCUCCGCCAGAUCUCUCCCGUCGUCCAAACUCAUCUCAAACAGGUUUAUCUCUCGCUAUGUUGUGCUCUGAUUGCUUCGGCUGCUGGAGCCUAUCUGCAUAUCCUCUGGAAUAUUGGGGGUUUUCUCACGACCCUAGGUUGCUUGGGAAGCAUUGUUUGGCUACUUUCAACCCCACCGUACCAAGAGCAGCAAAAGAGGGUAGGACUCUUGAUGGCAGCUGCGCUCUUCGAAGGAGCUUCAAUCGGUCCUCUGAUUGAGUUGGCAAUUAGGAUUGAUCCAAGCGUACUGGUCAGUGCAUUUGUGGGGUGUGCUCUGGCUUUUGGUUGUUUCUCAAUGGCAGCCAUGUUGGCAAGGCGUAGGGAGUACCUUUACCUUGGAGGCCUCCUGUCUUCUGGGCUCUCCAUCCUCUUCUGGCUGCAGUUUGCAUCCUCCGUAUUUGGCGGUUCUGCUGCAUUCUUCAAGUUUGAGUUAUAUUUUGGGCUUUUGGUGUUUGUGGGCUACAUCGUAGUGGAUACCCAGGAUAUAAUUGAGAGGGCACACUUUGGGGAUCUGGACUAUGUGAAGCACGCCUUGACACUUUUCACUGAUUUUGCCGCUGUUUUUGUCCGAAUCCUUAUAAUCAUGCUGAAGAACUCCGAGGAGAAUGAAAGGAGAAAGAAGAAGAGAAGAAAUUGAAUUUGACACCAAAACGAAAGCGUGGCAAACUAUGAUGAAGUGGAGAGAAGCUUUUCUAUGCCCAUACCAUAAAUCCUUUAGGCUCUUUUAGCUGAACGGAGUGGUGUUAGUAGUUGUAACACGAGUAGUGGCUAGUGGGCUUGCUUUGUUUUUUGUUUGGUAAAUGACCGGUCGGUACAUAAACAGGUUUUCUGUAGCAGUGGCAAACAACUGUGGCGUGCCUUUAUAUUUGAUUAUCCAUUCAGUAUUCCUUCUGCUUGUUGCACUUGAGCAAAGCACAAACGAGUAACGACGAUAUAAAAUAACCGCCAUAAAUAUGGCAAGCUUUGAUGUUA